AUGUACCCUCUCUACUACGAGAAGAAGAUCGUGAAAAAGCUCAUACAGCACGACUCCCUGAUUCUCCUGGCGGAUGGAUUUAACGAGUUGAACAUCCUAGCCAUUUUCAUUUUCUACUACCAGAAUAAGUGCCUGUGGUAUGAGAAGUGCGAAAAGGAGCAAAACAUCUUCUUCGAGUUGUUCGGGCUGAAUAUACGCAAACGGGUGGACGGCGAGGAAGAUGAUGAGCAGAUGCGGCCAGACAGCAUUAGCCCGGGUGAUAAGCAUAGCGAAAGGGACAAGUGCAAAGAGAGUGACCCUCCAGAGCCGGAACCCUUGAACCGCGCAAAACAGAAGCCAAGUGCGAAAGACCAGACGGACAGCUCACUCGGGAAAAAUGAAAUUUACAGCCUCUUGGACUCUUUCAGGUAUGACGCACCGGGGGGAGGUAAUACAAAGGAGGACCACCUCCGAGAGGGGAACAAAACGGAAGUGCCAAACAUAGCGGAUGGACAAAAUGACAGCGCCGCAACGAAUGAUACGGCCCAACCCGGGAAUCAAAACAAACUGAUAUUCAUCCUAAAUGUGUCUCCAAAGGAGUACAAUCUCUUUUUGAAGUACCAAUUGGGUCUGUACAACCAGGUGUGCAAACUGGACUGCCAAUUUAACGAUAGAGUAAAAAUAAACUACCUCAAGACAGAGUAUAUAAGGAAUCAAAAAUCAAACGAAAGAAUCGAACUCUACAUAAAAAGAGGAGUAUACUUCAUCUCGUCUAAUAUACUCCUAAUAGACAUGUUAACAUUUAAAAUUAUCCCAGAAAUAAUUGAUGGAAUCUUCCUCUGCAAGAACCACAAACUGAUUUAUAAUAUGAAGGAAGUAUUCAUCACGGAACUAUACAGAAAGAGAAACAAAUAUGGCUUCAUAAAAGGAAUUAGUAACAACAAAAGGUUAGUAAAUAGCCAGCAUAUAAUAAAUUUAAGUCAAAAGUUGAGCAUAAAAAAGGUCUACUGCUAUCCCCGAUUUCACAAAAAUGUUCAUAUCUCUCUUAACAACAACUUCUUACAGCCAACCAUUUACGAAAUAAACAUGGAGCUCCCAUCCGAUAUGAACACCAUGGAGGAAAACCUACUCAACUUAAUACACUACCUAAAUUUAGAAAUCAAAAAAUAUCAUACCUUUACUGACUUUGACAUAAACGCGCUGAUAUAUUCAGACAGCGCUGAGAAGUAUACCAUGAACUACAUCAAGAGUAAGAACCUUACCUACAACACAAAAAAAUUGUUAAAAGAGAUUAUUGUCCUGGCUCAUGUGCUUAAGAAUCUGUAUGUCUAUGACCAUGUCGUUUUCGAUAACUACCUUAACAACAUCAAGGAGGCAGACAAAGAAUCCAUUUGGCUUUACUGUAACGAGGCCAAUGAUGUCUUCUUCAUAUCUAGGGAGAGAAAGAUCAACUUUUUAAAAGCCCUUAACAUGAAUCUAGACUUGGACAUCACUAAGCAGGAUAACGUUCCCCUUAUCCUACACAAACUACAGCACGAGGGGAAAUAUUUCCACAAGGCGUAUGAAGUCAAGCGGACGCAGAGUGAACUCUAUAGCUGGAUACACGACCUGGUUUACUCACGCGACAUACACAUCAAGGAGUUUAAAAAGAUGAGCCAAAAGGGGGGAAGGCUUAACAGUUCCAGUGCAGACGGGAGACUGCCUUCCUCACGCAAAAGGGGGACGGAGCGCUCCAUGAAGGGAGGCCUCUCCAACACGGCACACCUCCUGAAGAGGCCCAAAGGGGGCGCCACGCACGAGGACUCCAAGAAGGAGGACGCAUCCAACGUGGCAGCUUCGCAAAAAGGACAAAGUGAAAUGGUGCUGCGGAAAGGAGACCCCCAAAUGGGUACCUCCCAAAAGGGAAGCCGCGCCCACGUCCAGGUGAAAAUGGAGCAGCACACCCCGGAAAAACACGACCCAGCCGUUCACAGUGAGGAGACGCGCAACGCCGGUGGCAAAAUGGGCACCACUGAUGGGGGGACCCCAACGGAUGCUUCGAAAGGUGCUUCGAAAGGUUCUUCACAGGACGAUUCAAAGGACGAUUCACAACACACUUCACAGAAUGCUUCCCAAGACGAAUCGCCAAAAAGUGCAACCGCUAACCAACCCGAGCAGAAAAUAAAGCGAGAGAAGAGAAAAUCCGACACGAGAGAGGAAAACCCAAAAAUAGAUGACCAAUCGGACAAUGACUCACAUAAGAAUGAAGCCAGGACUGUGGCUGAGAAAUCACCCCCCGUCGAGGCAGACAAAGUAGACUACCCCAUCGCAAUAAUAGUAGACAAUUUCUACACCCAAAAAGAAAUCUACAAUCUACUGAUGCACAAAAAUGAUAACACCGUAAGUAUGAACCUUUUCCGCCAGUCGGAAGGACAAAUAGGUGAGUUUCACAUUUCGGACAACUCGUAUAACUCCUCUUCCAGCAGCUCGGAGCACCUUUUUCGGAAAAACAAGAACGCCAUGCACUCAAAUAAUGUCGAUUACUACAUCCCCUACAAGAUGAUUAAAAAUAAAACAACAUCCCUAAAUUUUAUAAAACCGCAUGUGUAUAUCCUGUGUAUAAAUAAGAACUACGAUAUGGUCUAUACGUCGGAGAGCUUCAUCCAAGACUGCUCUGUCAAAAUUGACACGAUUAAUGCGAACACGUGGAAGAGAGGCCGCCCCCCUACGGAGGAAGGAGAAUCUCCCUCCAAAGGUAGAGACACAACAAAGGUUGCUUCAUCAGAGGAAAACACAGCUCGAUUUAAGAAAAAUAACGCAUCUUCUAAACGAAGCUACGAGGAUCUCUUCCAAAUAAAUGAAUACUGUGGAAACCUCGACUUCUUGGAGUUAUUUCUGAUGAAAGUCAAACCGUGUAGAAUUAUCCUGACCAAGCUGGACUUAAAUAUUUUUCGUAACAUAGAAAUUUACUGUGCGAGGUUGUUCCAGUACAAUGUAUAUAAAUUGCGUGGGGAGAGUUUCUUCCCCGAGGUGAUGAAAUACGAGGAGAAUACCUGGAUGUAUGACCACAUCGGCGAGGCGCAACCCUUUUUGAAAAGGGAGCAGGGAGCCAGCCCCCAGGGCACGCACGCGAAUCGAUCUUCUCACGAGGCGGCAGAUGAAGAUGCCAACAAAGGAAUAAGCAAAGGCAGGAGCAAAGACCCCAACAAACCAACCAAAAGAGAUACCAACAGAGCCGCACCGCCGCUUCACCCCAGUGACCGCGGGGCGCGAACCUUCAGGACGCUCGAAACCCUGAGCGCCCUGUGCAACACGGUGGAGGUAUUCCUCGUCUUCUACAAAGACAACACCCUAUACAACAAGUACCUAAACGACGUCAAGGUGGAAAAAACAAAUUGGCUCAACUUCAUCGAAAAUAAAAACAAUUUCCGAUUUCAAGUGAACAGAAAUGUUUUUAACAAAAAUAAGCAACUCUUUAAAAAAGUCGUAGACUCCUAUUUUCUCUUCCAAAAAAGAUUUCAACAACAUAGAAAAAAUCUCUUCAAUUUUAACAAAGCCCUGUGUGAAGAGUUUAAAAAUUUUCAAGAAGUAAAACUGGACGAACAAGUGGAAAAUAAAACCGCCUUCUUAAAUAACCUUAACACAAACUAUAUCAGCAUGGAGGAGGAAGAACAUUUUAUGCACAACUACAGAAAUAAAACAGAUAAGAAGAACCACAAUGCACUCUCCAAUCUAGACGAAAAAACCAUUUCACAGAUUCAACACGUAUUGGAAAAAUUUUCCAUCGAUUCUUUCAAUUUGAAUUUUAUCCUCUACAGCAUUUUUAACAACACUAAGCCGAUCGUUAUAGUUGACAUUAGAGAGUUAAAGUCUGACCUCUCCUACAAACUAUACACGAGCAAAAUGCAUAUCAUCCCGUAUUCCCUCCUCGUUGGUGAUUAUGUCCUCACCAAGGAUAUCUGCGUCGAAAGGAAAACUAUCGUUGACCUCAUUCAGUCAUUAAACAAUAACAGGCUCUACAACCAGAUCAAUCAAAUGUCUAAAUAUUACUCCAUCUACGUUUUGCUAAUCGAAUUCAAUACAAAGCAUUUGUUUUACUUCUCUUCCCUUAGUGAUAAAAAUUCCAUCUACACGAAAUUAAUCACCCUCUGCCUCCAAUUUAGUAGACUUAAAAUUCUGUGGAGUCCCUUUUCUCUCUUUACCGUUAAGCUUUUCUGGUCGCUUAAAAUUAAUGCCGAGCAGCCCGACAUCUUCAAGUCGCUGCACAUUGAUUUGACCCUCGAGAGGGACGCCCAUCAGCAGCUCGGGAGGGACUCGGGCCGGGGCAAAGCGCAACCGCUAACUGCGGCGCAACCGCCACCCACAACGCAGCCGCUACCCCCAGUGCAACCGCUACCCAUGUUGAAUGUCCCCGAUGGGGAGGCGAGCCAAUCACUCCCACCUCUCCCUACCAAAGCGGAACGACCCAACCAUGAGGCCCUUGAUCGACUAGACAUCUGCGCGGAUAAAAAUUCGGACGAAGAAAAUGAAUCCCAAGCAAACACUUACAAGUACGAAACAAUAAAUGACCUCUUUGACAAAAAUUUAAACCCCCCCUCAAAAAGUGAAGGGACCAGUUACGCCCUAAAAAGAAUGGACAGCGUCACCAACUGGAACGCCUUGGAAAUAAUGAAAGCCCUCCCAGGCGUUACUGAAAAGAAUAUGCACCUCAUCAUCAACAACGUCUACUCAUUGAGCGACCUAUGCAAAAAAACGGUCGAGGAGUUGGAAGCUUACAUGAGCAAGAGCAACGCCAAGAUGCUUCACGAAUUUUUGAACACCGACGCCGUGUGA